CGCCUUCCGCCCACAUGGCUCCGCUACGCUUCUCGGCCAACGUUUCAUGGCUGUUCCCGGAGCUCCCCGGGCUGCCCGAGCGGCUGCAGGCCGCGGGCCGUGCGGGCUUCGAGGCGGCCGAGGUGGCCUGGCCGUACGCCGAGCCGCCCCAGGCGCUGGCAAGCGCUGCACGGGCCGCGGGGCUAAGGCUGGUGCUCAUCAACACGCCGCGGGGAGACCAAGAGAAGGGGGAGAUGGGGCUGGGGGCUGUCCCCGGGAGACAGGCGGCCUUCCGAGAGGGGCUGGAGCAGGCUGUGCUGUACGCCAAGGCUCUGGGCUGCCCCAGGAUCCACCUGAUGGCUGGCCGAGUACCCCUCGGGGCUGACCGAGCAGCAGUCAAGGCGGAGAUGGAGACAGUGUUUCUGGAGAACCUGAGGCACGCGGCUGGGGUUUUGGCUCAGGAGAACCUCGUGGGACUGCUGGAGCCCAUUAACACCCGAAUCACGGACCCCCAGUACUUCCUGGAUACACCCCAGCAGGCGGCAGCCAUCCUGCAGAAGGUUGGGAGACCCAAUCUUCAGUUGCAAAUGGACGUGUUCCACUGGCAGAUCAUGGAUGGGAAUCUGACAGGAAAUAUCAGGAAGUUCCUGCCCAUUGUUGGGCAUGUGCAGGUGGCACAGGUCCCAGACCGAGGGGAGCCAGGCAGCUCAGGAGAGCUGGACUUUUCUUACCUGUUCCAGCUGCUAGAAGAUGAAGGUUACCAAGGAUUUGUGGGCUGCGAGUAUCGGCCUCAAGCUGUGCCUUCACACCCGCGUGCGCAGUGUCCACCUUCUGGGAUACUGCUGAGACGCAGAUCCCCAGACAGUGGUGGAGGGUGAGCACCUGUGUUUCAGUGGGCUGAGUGCCACACUUCGUGUCUGCGACCUCAAGCCAAGGCGUGUCACUUCCCAGCAAUUAUGCACUCGGGCUCACUACCCACCGCUCAGAGGUUUUAAAGGCUAUCAGUGUGGCCCAGCUCCAGCAAGACA